AUGCACGAGAACUUUCAAAAGCCCAUCCUGUCUCAAGCAAAUGCACCUAGAGUAAUCCGACCGCCAAGCACAAUAGCAGUUAGCAGAAUGCGCACCACAACUUUCGAUGAAGCAGAUUCUAAGCAAUACAUUAGAAACAUCCUUGCUGCGUACUCUCCAUCAAAACUUGAAGCAGGUGCCCGGCCCUCUACUCCACUACUCAAAGCAAUAUUCGACGCCGAAUUCCACUACCAAAUCCACAUGGACACUCGCCUACGCCCUGUCAUUGAAGCUACAAGAGUUGCGAAGUUGUUUUACGAAACAGUUACGAAGAAGUUGCCAGAGAUCGAACAGGCGGAAAUUGACUGGCUGCUAGGAGGCUUCUUACUGAGGCAGAUGGUUUUAAAGGAAGGUACAGAUCACUACAAGGGAAGAAUAACAAGACAACUUUUCAUCACAAGAUUGAGGGCUGAGUUUCGGGAACGUUGCAGAAAGGCAGGCUACUGA